GGAGGCGGGGCCGCGGCCGCUGACCCGCCGCAGUUGCCAGCCUGGAGGCUCCGAGCUGCUGAGGUCUCCCUCAGUCCAACGGAGGAUGCCGGUUCGGCUCCCGGGGGUCAUGGGAGACUGAGUGGAGACCGGGGACUUUGCGAGUUGAAGCCUAGACCACGGGAAGCUGAGCCGCCACCUAAAGUGGACUCCGAGACCGCUGGAGCGGGGCGCCGCGCGGGAACCAUCGGCCAAGCGAGUGAGCGUGCACUCCGAAGGUUUCCGCAGGCCUGGUGUCCAAGCUUCCCCUGAGUGUGGACUGGGGGAUUAGGGACUUGGUGCGAUGAGGAGUCGGAGUAACUCAGGGGUCCGCCUGGACGGCUAUGCUCGGCUGGUGCAUCAGACCAUCCUGUGCCAUCAGAAUCCAGUGACAGGACUGCUUCCAGCCAGUUAUGAUCAGAAAGAUGCCUGGGUCCGAGAUAAUGUGUACAGCAUCCUGGCUGUGUGGGGUUUGGGCCUGGCAUAUCGGAAAAACGCAGACCGUGAUGAGGACAAGGCGAAGGCCUAUGAGCUGGAGCAGAGUGUAGUGAAGUUAAUGAGGGGACUGCUGCACUGCAUGAUCAGACAG